AUGGCUACUUCGACCGCCGUCGCAGAACACAUUGACUUGACGAACUUCGCUGUACCGCCCACAACAACGCCCUUCACCGCGCCUUUAGCCAAAUCCUCGGAAUUACCUCAUACAUCUCGAGAUGAGGAUUUACCCCCGGACAAUGCCGCAUAUGCUGUUUCUGCAAUCCCCGAUGGCGGCUACGGCUGGGUCAUCGUGCUGGGCUGCUCCAUCAAUACUUUCUGCCACAACGGCAUCAUCAACUGCUGGGGCGUCCUGCAAGCCGCGCUUCUGCACUCUUCGCUCGAACAGGUGGCGCCGUCGACACUCGCCUACGUCGGGAGCCUGGGGCUCUCGGGCUGCGCGCUGUACGGGCUCGCGGCCAUGCGCCUGGUGCGGCACGUCGGGUGCCAGUCGACUAGUUUCCUGGGGAUCCUGCUCAUGGGGCUCAGUCUGGUGGGCGCGAGUUUCUGUACUGCCAAUCUCCCUGGACUUUUCGCUACAUAUGGCGUUGUCGGCGGCGUCGGCAUGGCCAUGGUAUAUACCGUUGCCAAUACGCUCCCCGUCCAGUACUUCAGCGCGCAUCUCGGUCUCGCGAAUGGCCUGAUCGCGCUUGCGCUCGAGGCGUUGUACCGCAGAGUCGGCAUCGAGUGGACGUUUCGCAUUCAGGGCUUGCUCACCAUGGCCUUGGGGCUGCCGGCCGCGUGGAUGCUGAGGGACAGAGUGCCGCUGCGCAAUGUGCCGUUUGUGGAUCUGAGCAUGUUCCGUAGCGGCACUUUUAUCGCGACCUUCGUGGCGAGUACGAUUGGUGUUUUCGCGCUGUUCGUGCCAAAUUACUAUCUCCCGCUGUUUGCGCAGUCGAUUGGCUUGAGUCCGACUACCGGCGCGGGCCUCGUCGCGGCGUUCAAUGCGUGUAGUGCGAUUGGGAGGUUUGUUGCUGGGCCGCUGUGCGAUAAGCUGGGGCCGUUGAAUAUGUUUGUUGUUACAAUGGCGUUGAAUGCCGUCAGUAUGCUUGCCAUCUGGCCUGUUUCGAGUACGCUGGGACCCUUGGUUCUGUUCGCCAUCUUGAACGGAGUAGCCAACGGCGCCUACUUUACUACUCAGCCUACCGUUGUUGCGGGCAUCUUUGGGCCGGGCCGCGCGGCGGUUGCAAUGAGCAUGUCGGUGGCGGGGUGGACGGGCGGUUAUCUCAUGGGUACUCCGAUUGCAGGAUAUUUGUUGCAGGCUGCGGGUGGGAGACAGGAUGCUGCUUCAAGACAGAGUGUGGAUGUUUACCGGCCGGCUAUUUUCUAUGCGGGUGGCACGGCGACGGUGUCUGCGCUGUGUGUUAUCUUUGCGCGACUCACGGUUGCGACGCAGUUUAGAAAGAGAGUGUGA